AUGUGCACGGCAGUCAACAGUCGCCUCCCACAAGGAUCUUUUCCGCUACACUUCCCGAGAUGGCUUUUCAAUGAAAACCUGCGUCUAGCAGAACGCUUCCUCGAAUUUGAUGUGCUUGCGCUUCAAAACAUCGUUUCUAGUGCAUCUAGUCAUUCAAUAUCCGAACUCCAAUCCUUUACUAGGUUAUCAGAGGGUGGAUACAACCGCGUGUUUGAGGCUACCUUUAGCGAUGUGCCAGAGCAUCACACAGUAGCGAGCGAAGAAGGGACUCUGGGCUACCUUCGCCUACAUGGGCUUCGCACACCAGAGGUAUAUGCCUGGUGCUCAACGAAAGCUAAUCCAAUUGGAGCUGAGUAUAUCAUCAUGGAGAAGUUGGAUGGUACUCCUCUCGGCAAUAAAUGGUUUUCAUUGGGCCCAAAAGAGCAGUAUAAAAUUAUGACACAAAUAGUUGAAUGGGAGACGCGUUUGAUGUCAUUGAACUUUCCUGCCUCUGGGAGCCUCUACUAUUCGGAUCUCCCAUCCGGAAGGAGGACAAAGCUAGACGAUCUGGACGGCAUGGCGUUCUGUGUAGGUCCAAUAGCUCAUUAUAGUUGGUGGCAUGGUGAAAGAGGCAUUAUGGAUGUUGAUCGCGGACCCUGGCCAUCAUCAGUCGACAUCUUCCGAGCAGUUGGCGAACGUGAACUAACCUGGGCCAAAGCCUAUGCAAAGCCUCGCUUGCCCUAUGAGCGGCUUUAUAGGGAGAUUUUCAAAACCAAGCGUGUCUCACCAGGUACCCACGUUACAGAUCUUGUCAAUUACCUUGAAAUGCCUAAUGUGCCCUAUGAUUACGAAUUCCUGACACCGUCCGAGCAAAAUUCAGUUAAGGAAAUUCAUCGCAGAAGAGUGAUUCAUUUCCUCUACGCCGCCCUGACUAACAGACUAAAUCAAUGUCAUUACGACGCUAUCUUUGACUAUGCCGGCACACCUUGGGAGGGAGACUCGGUAUCACUGCGUGCUGAGCUCAUUCGCUCAAUAUCGAACUGGUCGGCGGUCGUCGAAUCUACUCACGUUGCUCCGCCGGUGGACUAUCCAGAAGACGUUGUCCGGGAGACUGUUGGCUUGGAUGCGCAGCAGAGAGAGGCUGAUGUGGCAAUGGAACAGGUACGACAUGCUUUAGGGAUCGAUAAUAUGGGCUGGGUACCGAAUGAAGAUUAUGAGGCUGCGAGAAGACUGGCAUCGGAGAUAAAGAGUAAAAUGCUUGAAGCGGCAGAGACUCGUGAUGAAGUUGUCGCUAUCCGAGAUCAUUUCCCUUUUGAUGAUUUCGAUGAAGGGGCUUAA